GGCGGACUUUAUUGGUACAAUAUUUUGCGCCGUUACUCUCCGUCACUUCCUCCCCACGUGAAACGCUCCGUACAUGUGUGGAGCAGUAUCCACAUUAAUUUACAGCAGGUUUCUUCACGUCUAACAGCCAUUAGUUCACUUAUUGUCCUCCUAUGAUUAUCGACAGCAGCGCUAUGGAGUCAGCAGAGGAGGAGUCGCUGCUCGGGCAGGAGUCAGAGGACGAAAACAGUGAAUUAUCAGACAAUGAGCUUCAAGAAGCCUUUGCGAAGGGGUUGUUGAAACCAGGGAUGAACGUUUUGGUGGAUGAACCCAAAAAGUUUGUCAACAAUGUGGAGGGUUUGAAACAGUGCCUUGCUGACCUCCGUAAAGACCUUCCCUGGGUGGAGAGGUUGGAUAUGACCAACCUGCCGGCUGAAGACGUUAUUUUCAAAGUGGAAGGGAAACCUCCAAAUGUGAAUAACGCAGAUGUCAAUGCAGAUGAUGAUUUCCAGAGAGAGAUGUUCUUCUACCGUCAAGCUCAAGCUACAGUUCUAGAUGCAUUGCCUCUCCUGAACAAACAUGGCAUAUCCACCAAGAGGCCUGACGAUUACUUCGCAGAGAUGGCCAAGUCCGAUCAGCAAAUGCAGAAGAUCAGGAAAAAGCUGAUGUCCAAGCAGGUGAUGUUGGAGAAGUCAGAGAAGGCCAAGAAACUCCGCGAUCAAAGGAAGUUUGGCAAAAAGGUCCAAGUCGAAGUGAUUCAGAAGAGGCAGAAAGAGAAGAAAGCUAUGAUGACUGCUGUAAAGAAAUACCAGAAAGGAAUGACCGACAAACUGGAUUUCUUGGAUGGAGACCAGAAGAAGGCUAAAGAACCAUCUCAGGUCCCCAACAAAGCGGGAAACAAGAAGGGCCCCAAUGCCAAGAGAAAAUACAAGGACCAGAGGUUUGGCUUCGGAGGCAAGAAAAGUGGAAAGAAGUGGAACACCAAGGAGAGUCACAAUGAUGUUUCCAGUUUCCGCGCCAAAGUGGCCAAUGCAAAGGGAGGAAAGAAAGGCGCCAAGGGAGGAAAGCAAAAUAAACGCCCGGGCAAAUCUGUGCGCAAGAAGAUAAAGUCUCGCUCGUAAAAUCUGACGGAGGCAGGUCAAUAGGCUGGACUUGGACUUGUUUCUAGCCAGGAUUUCCCUCACCUGCUCCUCAGUCUCUCCAUAUACACCAGGAGACAUUAAGGAGAACGCAGGCUUCUCUUCUAUAAUUUAGUUACAACAUGCCUUCUGUAAAAUGUGUCUGGACUGAUAUGGAGGACCCUUCAAGCCAUAGAGAGAUAAAGAGGGAGAGAGACGUCCUGCCAUAUUGCUAAGGAAGCUGAAGGACAUGAUACGUGAACAAAAGGUCUCCUUUUGCUGAAUGGUAAACCCAAGAGUGGACUACUGUUGUUUUCCAAAAAGAAAGAAAAAAAGUAUUUUUCUUUUUUUUUAGUUGUUAUAGACAAAUUCAUAAUGUCUGGAAUUAGUUAAGUCUCCAUUUGCCUUGAUAAGGUGGUUUUAAAGCCACUUUCUGUGAUUACAGCUCAAUGUGUUUACCAGCCUCCUCGCGUGUUCUUUCUGGAGUUUGGUGUAUAGUUUUAUUUUUUUCUAACUCAGCAUCUUGAGUCAUUGAUUCUUCCCCAUGUGACAUGACAUUUUAUAAUAUUGAGUGGCUCUUAGUUUUGCCCUUUCCUAUUCUUUAACAUGAUUAGUAUGUGAUGGGCAAGGGUGCUUUGUAUAGACCUUUAAAAAUGACACAAAAACACCGAUUUUCUUAGCUUGCUAAGAUGGUAUUUCACAAUGCAGCUUCUGAUACCUGUAUGUUUGUAAACAAAUAAAUCUGAACAUGGGUUACUCAUUGUUUUUACAGAUUUA